AUGUAUUACAUCCCCAAGCCGUUGAAGCCACACAGUGGCGUAGGCUCCGGCCAGCGAUUGGUGUCCCUGGCUGAACAAACUUUCAAUUUCCUGGGAUGCAUUGUUGCGGCUGUGGUAUACUUCUACGGCUUGAUGUAUCUCAAGCAACCCUUAACCUUUGACAUGAUAGUGAGUAUAAUUCUGGCCGAGUACUGUCGAUGGAGAAAUAGCCAGAGACGCAGAUAUGCAGCUCAGCAGGAAGAGAACGGUAGCCUUGGUCUUGCUGAAAAGGGCAAGUCAAGCGAGCAGAGGUUGGACUGUGUUGCUGCUGUUGUUGGGUAUAGGGAGGAGCCUACCCUGUGGAAAAGGGCAUUGGAGAGCUAUUCGCAGGCGCAAAAUUGCAGGUUUCUUCUCAUAUGCAUAGACGGGGAUGCAGAGGAGGAUCGGGAGAUGGUUGAAGUCUUUCAAGACGUGAGUGGCUAUCCUCUGUCUGUAUUGCAUGUAUUCACGUUUAUUGAUCAGGUUUACGCGGAAACGUCCGCCUUGAUGCACCUGGAUAUUCCUCUAGCAGAGAUUGCUAUGCAGAUGGACCGAGCUAGGUCCUCCAAGACGACUGAUGCGGAUAUUAUCGCUCAAUGCUGUUCUGUCGCCAGAGGGGCUCUGGAGAAGAGUGGUAUCAAUCUGACCGGCGAGAGGGCGAUCUCUAGAUUAUGUGUUAGCCAGCCGCACAUGCACAAGAAGGGCGUCAUGUUUACCUCCUUCAUAAUUUCCUUGGUGCUCUCCGAUAUCCUCGACAUCGAGUUCUUGUGGACAUCCGAUUCGGACUCAAUUGUGAUGCCCGAUACAUUGACACGUACGAUGGCGACAUGUGCCGCGGAUCCCGGAAUUGGGGGUGCCAGCACGGCACUUACCACCCACAACAAGGAUGAAACAGCCAUCACGCAGCUCGGGAACGCGGUAUACCUGAACGAAUUGUAUCUGGCACGUUCCUUUACUGGCGCAGCUGCCGCAAAUGACUGCCAAAGCGGACCGUCUGCUGCUUUUCGCUUUUCUGCUGUGAGUGGAGAGUUGCUCGCCUGGUAUAAACAAAGCGUGCUCGGACAUUGGAUGGAUCGACAUCUGACCACACGUCUCCUUUUGAAAGGUUGGAGAGUGGUCUUCGCAUCCGACGUUAUGACCGCCACUGAGUCACCCACAACAUUCAGGAGGUGGCUAUUGCAACAGGUUCGUUGGGGUCGAGCUGUACAUGUCGAAAGCUUUCACCGACCGAGCGUGUACCUAAAGCACUCUCCCAUAUUGUUCUUCGGCGCCCUGCGGCGACAAUUUGCCGCCUUUAUCGUGCCCCUAACUGUUGUCUUGUAUCUCUGUUCUGGGAUGCUCCUAAUCCGAGCCUUCUCAUUUCAGGAUUACUCCCACCGCCUGGCGCUGACAAUCUCCUACCUUGUGUUUCGUAAUCCAUACCGACCAACUAUGAAGGAGUGGAUGUGGAGUCUCCCCGCACAUCUGUUCUAUCAUGUUCCCUUGCCUGCCAUUCAGGUGUGGAGCUUUCUGACAGUACUCCAUGAUUCAUGGGGAACGACUAUGAGGGCCAACAAAGAGGUAAAGCAUUCUAAGCUGCGUCUCAAGAUUUGGGAAGUUGGGUUCUUCGUCUUCUGGAUGGCCAUCUUGGGCGGUGCCUCGGGGCGAUAUAUUGCAACGUCGCUGAUGCCAGGUUCAGUUGACGUGGUGGCAUUCAUUCUUGGGGGGUUUGUGUCAGUGUUGAUUGUGGGUGGAUGGUGGAUGGUUGUCGCGAAGUGA